AUUUAUCCAAAGGUAAAGGGUGAUUUUGAGUUUCGACUGAAGGGUGAUUCGCGACUGAAGGCAUCUCCGACUGAAGGGGCGAGUCGCGAUCUCCGUCGCCGCUCACUCCGGCCGUCGCUUCUCCGAUCUCCAUCGCUCACUCCAGCCGUCGCUUCUCGAUCUCCCUCGCUCACUCCGAACGUCGCUUCUCCGAUCUCCCUCGCUCGAUUAGGUUGACAGGCGAUUGUCGGAUAUUGCUCGCUCGCUCUUGUUGAAAGAUGGUUUCAAGUUCAAG